UUUUUCUUUUCUUUUUUUUUCUUUUUCCCUCCCUUUCUCCUUUUCUCCUUUUCUCCUUUUUUUCUUCUAUUUUCUUUCUUUUACAAAGUAAUUCAGUUUAGAUCGCAUGCCUCAUGGGACAUCUACAUUUUGCAUGACACCUUCAAACAACUCCAUGGCAUACAAGAAGGUUCGACUGAGCCGUCCUCGCUGCUUCUGUGGGCAUAUUGCAACCCCUGUUUACUUGCAGCAAAAACACCAGCCUCAGUCAACUCUCUCUCACCGCGACACCAUAAACGGGACUGGAGUAGCCGCAGCCACAGGGACAACCUCUGACGCGACUUACUACUCAAAUCCACAUUCUUUUGAAGAUCGGCAAUCUUCCCAGAGGGCUCGUACUGGCCAGAAACAACAAGUGCACUGGCAAGAACAGUUCGAGAAUGAACAUGAUGAAGGUUACCGUUUUGAAUUUGAUAACGAUUAUUAUCAGAACUACUCCUCCCCAUACUUCUCUAAUCAGUCAUCUAUUCCGGGCAGACGGAGCAAUCGUCAGCAGCAAAAGUCAAGGAUGUCUACUCCGCUAUUGACUUCCAAUUGGGUCUAUGAAUGUCACUUCACUUCAGCACAGCAUGGCAUGGUUCCACCAGACUAUUGCGCCGGUUGUGCACACGAUCAGAUCGAAGCCGAAGCACAUCGACUCAAGAAGGAACAUGAAACCACUGCGGAACUUGUCAAGAUUGCCAAGACCGUCCAAUCGUGGGGUGAAGCUCGCGGACGCUGGAUGACACGGACACAACCCUUUGAAGAGUCUUGGGGAGAACCUCCUACUGGAAAUCUUGAAAACUACUAUAACCCGUAUAAUAUCCACGACAAGCGACAGAAUGAAAAUGGUUUUAUCGAAUCCCAGCAUUCCACUCUAUCAGGAUCUGCAGCAGGGUCAUCCUCCAGUACCGAAGAUCUCAGGAAUAAGGGCAAGGCUGUUGAUCGAGGCUAUCGCGAUAAUGACACAGUUGAUAGCGGAAUAAGUCAUAGCAGCCAUUAUCAAAUAACCGAAUCGCCUUUGAAUAGAUCUUAUCAAAAGAUAACUGCGACAACUGCAUGGUUUGACGAAGGAAUAGACGUUGUGGAUCUAACUAGAUCAACAAAUACUGGUGUAGAUGCAGUCCAUCGACAGCUGAAGCCGUCAUUCUCUAAUACACCUCCACAGGCAUCUCUAGCAGCGUCAAAGAGAAGUUCCAUAUGGGAACCUGCUACGACUACUUGGUCAAACGUAGCAAGAUCUGCUACAGUAGAAGACGAUCCAUGGAGUUUUAUACCAACCCAUAAUGCUGCAGAGGCACCCAUCGAAGAUACUAAUCUAAUGUAUAAAUCCGAGCCGAAUACAAUCGCGUCUACAACGCCAACAAUAGAGUCACAGCAAUUGCAACCGCAACAACAGCAAGAUAAUCAAUGGCAGUUACCUAGGCCUGGUGCCGCAGCACCAAUACAGCAGUCCCAAAUAGCAUCAUCAUCUCAUCUAAGUAUCGACAAUGUACGUCCUAGAACCCCUCCCCCUGAAAAUGUAGAUUCCGACCUUGAUUUUCACUCAAGCCCAAGUCACUCCCCUUCAAACAGAUUUAAUACAGAUAAACUGGGUCGACCUUUUGGCUCGGAAACCAAAGUCUGUGGAUUUCAUAUGCAUGCACUCGAAUGGCAUAAAAUGCAGCACCUCAGUGAUAAAGAUACAGUCAUGUUGACAAAACGCGCUCAGUGCCCUAUCUUUAAUUACUCUGUUACUCGAUGGCUAUACAUUGAACAUAUGAACAAGAGCAAAGGAACACAAAAGACCGAGGAAAGAGAUAAUAAGACCCGUGACUAUGAAAACAAGGGGAGUGGAGAUGCUAAGGUCAAGGACAAUGAGAAUGACGAUGAUAAGGAGGCUUGGGAUCCUCGGAUUUUCAGCCAUUUGCGCAAGGUACCAUUCAACAGGAUCGAAUGUAACUGCGGCAGUUUUAUGGUCGUGGCACCUUACAUCCCAAAUACAGACGACUCUGGAGCCGAUCAGAGACCGGAGCAUCCGUAUGAUUUGAUUUGUCCAAAGAAGUAUGCAUGGCAAAGCCAAUUGGACGAAGGCCCUUAUACAGAGAACCAUUCACGUAGAAGGACAAAUACAGCACCGAGCGGCAAUAUUUCUAAUCAUGAGAACCAUAGAGACCAUAAGGAUCACGGCCAUGAUUGUGGUCGUGAUUGCGACCAUGACAUUAAUGACAAAGGUGAUCAGAAUGGCAGGAACGAUGGAGACGGUACUCUCAACCUAUCAGCAGAUACAGGCACCUCCAGGCCGCCUCUAUCGUUGGAAGGAUUGCAACUACAAGAUAGAAUAGCACCUUCAAAAAAAGAACUCAAACAUUGUAACAAAGUCAUUCGCAUGAGUAAAGCCAUGUUCCCUGCUCGCAAACAGCCAGUGCAUCAAAUCAUCCCUAAUGAUGACUGGUUAGAUCGAUGGUUCAAACCACGUACCACAGUCGAAUCGUACUUCAUUCCGCAGUAUCCUGUAGAUCCUAAAGUCAAGCCGAUCCUCAACAAGAGCUCGAGUCGAUACCCUAUGGACUUUUCGAAACCUGUUUGUAAUAGAAAUAUUCGUCCGCAAAGGAAAUGGGGACAUCGAGUAACUUUUAAAGCCGUGGAUGAGAUCAUAAAAGUCAGAGAGCCGUACACAGAGACAAUGGACGCACGCUCAGGUCCAAGGCAUGACAGGAUCAAUGGACGAGAAGAACAAGGAGCUGAAUUCUACAAGUGGCCAAUCCCUGAAUGGUGCGAUCUCACUAUUGCGGAACAGAUCCUUAAUGCUAAGAAUAUCAGUGGUAAUGAAUAUGAUGAUCCCUGCUGGGGUGAGCAGAGCAUCAAGGUCCUUAACAGGUGGGGGAUCCAAGGAAUCCCUCAAAAUUUGUUGGAAUUUUCGGUUGCAGAGGCCACGAAGGAUGCACAGGCAUAUGCGGAUCAAUACGAACAAAAGCUGCAGAACAGGAUUGCUCUACAUAAAACACGGAUUCGACAUAUUGAAAAUGAUCUGAAGCGGGAACAAAAGCGCCACGCGGAACUUGUAGACAGUAUCAUGGUUAUGGAGCAGCGAGUCCAUGACAUGCCCAAGUGUCGGAUUUGCUAUGAGCGUGCAUUGUCACAUGCAGCACUCCCGUGCCAUCAUUUAGUCAUGUGUGGCUCCUGUGCAGACCUUGUGCAAAACUGUAUUGUUUGCCGUGUCAGGAUGACCGGUACUCAGCGGAUUUAUUGGGGAUGAGGUAUAUAGCUCGAAGGAAGCAAGACAAUGAUCACAAC